UUGCAACCUGGACAGGGAGGAAGAAAAAAUAGUGAGUACCCCCAAAGCGAGCAGUCUGUCUCAGGCAAAACCCCCUGUGCAUUGUUAAAGGCAGCAUUUAUUGUGUUUUGAGCCAUCUGCAGUGUUACACGUGAAAAAGCCCAGAUGGUUUUUAUAGACUUGGGUAAGUUGCUGCUCUAGUGAAUACUGUAGGUAGGAGGGGAGCAGAUCUUGGGAUUUCUCUGAAAAUCUUGUCUUGUGUGCUCUGACUAAAAGUCUGGUGUGGGCAUUGGAAGGAGCAGCUUCAUGGUUGUGAUCUGGUGAAUCUGAUAGGAAAUAAUGUAUCCUGAUAUGGCUUUCAGUGAAAGUCAAAUAAAUGGGGCUCACCUGAAUCACUGGAAUUUAAUAAUAAUAUGACUUACCGUGUGGCCCUGAUAAAGCUGUUUUGGAAGGUUACAGCAUCAUAUCGGGCUGUGUGUAAUACAUAUGUGCUCCUUGCAAAAUCCUUUGUGGCUGGAGUGAAUAACUUUUUGAUGAGUAAAUAAAAUAUAGUCCCAGAUUAUGCAUUUUCCAUUUUUCCUCACCCAGGUACAUAUGCCCCUUAUUAAAGGGAAGGUGAGGAUAUACAGGUAAAUGUUUGUCACCGUUGUGGAGGGUUGGUUUUGGUGACAGCAAAUGCUGGGAACUUCCUGACUGGAAUAACUUCUGUAUGGCAGCAGUUCUUAUUAUUAACAGCAUGAGAAACUCUCAUAUUCAGUAAUAUUUUUAAGGGAUAUUUGUGUACUGUGGCUUCUGUGAUUUGGGUCAGCUACUAAAUGUGUUUUUAUUUCCCAACUUUCAAAAUCUGCCUCGCAGCUCUAAUAUUCUUAGUGUCAUUUGGUGUAACUCAGCUGGUCCCAGUGCAUCUGCAUGAAUUUAUAUGAGGUAACGAUGUGGCCCAGUAAAAGAAUGGAAUAAGGCAGCUUUGAACUUGUUAAAAUCUAAAUUUCAUCUAAAUUAAUCUAGAUUCACCCUCACAGGAGGAGAUAACACUUUAAUCCUGUGCUGGGAUUUGGUUUAUUUCUGCUUUUUGCAGAAAUGUUCCCUCAAGGGUGAGUGCCUCAUAGCGUGCACGUAUCAGUGUCUUGUUCUCCAGUUUACUAAUUUAACAGCUCAUGAAUCAGACUUUCCUGCUCAGCACUCCAUUCUGCUGCUGAUAAUUAAUCAGAUAUGGGUCUAAUUACUGACUUUCAGCAGAACUUAACUGUGGUCAUCCAUAACAUCAUCUGUUAUUGACAUUUUGUAGGAAUACAGGCAUCAUAAAAAGAAGUUGCAGGAAUUACCUAAUAAAAAUCAUAAUACUUUGUCCAUCAUUAACCCUUUUUUCUGUAGCUUGAGUGUGGCCUCCCUGUCUGAAGGUGACUGCCCUUUUCUGCACUGCCACACGGUGUCCCUGUUGUUGGAAGCUUCCCAAAAUGCAGGCUGGCAUUUCUGGGAAUGCACUGCUUGCCCAGGGCUGCUGGUCCACAGGCCCAGAGUGGGGCACACAGACUCUGUGUUUAAACUUUCCCCAGUGUUUGAUUCCUCAAGAGAGCUUGGCUGAAAAAUCAGUUAACUCUCUUUUUUUUCUGUUACUUUCAGUGGUGUUCUAGUGAUUUAAAACCUCUUAGGUAAUUAAUGCCAGCUGAGAUAGCAGCUGAAUCUGAAAGUUUUGUUUCAAAUACUAAAAGUUGCUCUAGACCUUUUGAAGAGUGCACUAUAUUUGGGGAUAGUAAAAAUAAAAACACUGAUUCCUUUAUAUAUAUCUAUAUGUGGUGUUUGUGAGCUUAUAGAUGUAUACUACCUUGUGAAAUGCUUUUUCAUUACAUUUUUAUUUACUGUUAGUACAGUCUUAGUUUGUUCUGAGUUUUUUGUUUUUAUUUUGUUUUGUUUUUGUUGGUUUGAUUUUUGAGUUUCUGUUAUCACUACUAUCAAGUUAUUAAAAAUCACAGGUUGAAGUCUUUCCCUGGAGUUUCCAGGGUGUAAAUGAGUAAGAGCUGCAAUGAAACCGUCCAACACCUUUGUUUCAGGGAAGAGGUGUCAUGUUUUGCUGUCAGGAUGAGAAGCAGGAUCCCUGUCAUCCUCCUGGCCUGUGGCUCCUUCAACCCCACCACCAACAUGCACAUGCGUCUAUUUGAGUUGGCCAGAGACCACCUGCACCAGACAGGAAGAUACCAGGUGAUUGAAGGCAUAAUGUCUCCUGUCAGUGAUCAGUAUGGGAAGAAAGGCUUGGUGUCAGCAAGGCACAGGGUGGCAAUGGCCAAACUGGCCCUAGAGACGUCUGACUGGAUCCGGGUGGAUCCCUGGGAGAGCGAGCAGGACACGUGGACAGAGACAGUGAAAGUAUUAAGGCACCAUUAUAACGAAGCACUCAGAGCGUUCCAGUCGAAGAAGGAGUUCAUGAGAAACAAACAUCCCACAGAAAGCUCUACGGUGGAUUCCUUUUCUUGCCAGCAACCAGUUCUACCAGAAUUAAAGCUGCUCUGUGGGGCUGAUUUUCUACAGACAUUUAAGACACCCAAUCUCUGGAAGGAAGAAGACAUCAAAGAAAUAGUGGAAAAGUUUGGUUUGGUCUGCAUUAGCCGGGCUGGCUCUGAUCCAUCUCAGUUCAUACAGGAAUUGGACCUUUUAUCUAAAUUCCAGCACAAUAUUUUUCUGGUGAGAGAGUGGAUCCAGAAUGAAAUCAGUGCCACACGGAUCCGCUCUGCCCUGUGCAGAGGGCUGAGUGUGAAAUAUCUCAUCCCAGACUCUGUCAUUGCCUACAUUGCACAGCACAAUGUCUACACGGCCGAGAGCGAGCACAGGAACGAGGGGCACCUGCUGCAGCCCAGCAGGCUGCAAAACACAGCAAUAAAGCCUCUGAGGGACUGAUUUCUGCACUGUGUGCCGUGUCAGACCAGGAGCUUUCUCAUGCAGAUUUCUUGAAAAAGUUGUUUCUUAAUAACGAUGAAGGGAAAGUCCAAAAUUUCUUGGAGUCAUGUGGUGGUUUAAAGCCAUGAAUCUGUGUGGUAGUGCUUAAGAAAAUUGGGAUGCUCAGCUGUACAGCUUAAAAUACACAACAGCUUCCUUGUGAAAAUGAAAGAAAGGAGAUCUUCACCAUGAAUAUUCUUUGUAUUUUGAUAAGUCAAUAAAUAUGACUUAAGGGUCAAAGACAGUACUUUCCUAAUUUGUAAUUCUGCAAUCCUUACUGUUCUAAAACAGCAAAAUACAAUGAACCAUAUAUAUAUAGAGAGAGAUGUGUAAAUAUAUAUUACUUCUAAAAUUUGACUUUAUAAGACCCUGAAUAACUUCUUGGAUUUUUUGGCAAUUUGACCAAGAUAUGGAAAUCAAUCUUUCUUUCAUGUAAGCACUUAAAAAUGCUACUACUUCAGCUGCUUCUAAGGCUCCAGGUUCUCAAAUGACAGUCCUCAUCCCGACAUUCAAAGUGGGUUUCUUUUCUUCUCUUAUCCAGAGUCCUAAGAGCAAGCAACUGUCAAAGCCCCAGAGUAAAUAAAAUAUCCAAUAGGGGCUUCAGUUGUACCAUAUGCAAACAUCUGAGAGGCUCAGUACCUGAGCUCUGAUGUUAGCAGGGAAAACCCGCCUCCUCUCUGCUGGUUGCCUGUUAUGCUGAUUCAGUGUCUCUCAUUUCUGACAGGAGUCACUUUCAAAGAAUACAGAACUCUAUCAAGUGCUCUCUCUGUGUUUCAGAGCUCCUUAACUGAAAGCAUUUGUGCAGCAGUGAUGUAGCAUUUAUCACUGUACAGAGUAACCACUGUUUCCUAAUACAAGUUUCCACCAAACUGGUCCUUCUGAGCCCCCAGCUGGCCAAGCAGCUUCCACUGAUGGUUCUCUGAUUCAGAAGCUUGUGGAACAAGUCAAAGGAAUACCAGACAAAAAUGGCUUUGACUGAAAGGGUCUGUAUGAUUUUUUCUUGAAAGAUAGCAUAAAGUAGCUGAAACCUAUUCAAGAAAGAAGAAUUGGUCUCAAAAAACACACAAGAUAAGCUCUUUUAUAGCUUUGGCUAAUAUCCUAAAGCUAUUUGAAAGGGGUUUUCUUCUGAGUGGCAUGAAGAAUGAAGAGUAAUAUGGUUAAAAUGGAUUUCCCUUACACAAGUGAUAUGAAAGGUGAAUAUUUCAUUCAUUUUAAAUCAAGUCAUCCUGCUGUCAUUAGAAAUCUCACAGGUUCAGCCAUGUGGAAGGAUCUAAAGGCAGUACUUCAACAAUAAUCGGAUUAGAAGGACUUGCAUAGCCCCAUGGUCUAAAAAAGAGAUAAAAGAAACCAGAGUUCAAACUUGCCACAAAGCAAGGCAGUGAGUUGUGUGGUGCAUAAUCAACCACAGCUCUGAGCCUGUGAUUUUGACAAUCACCUGAAGCAGGGAUGCCUGCAGACUUCAAUGGCUAUUGGAAAAUGGUCAGCAAUGACAAUUUUGAGGAGUAUCUGAAAGCACUGGGUAAGGUUCCCUUCAAACUUUUUGAAUGAAUAAUCAAUAAAUGCCACCUGUCUUAUUCUUUA